UUUCCUUUUAAGAAUUUCUCAGUCACUAAAAGCUAAUAGCUAAUCAGUCUGGAGUUUCAAACCAAGAGGAGGGCAGUUUUGGAGAAGCUAAUGUGGGGCUGCUGGGCUCUCUGGUGCAAGCGAAAUCAUCAAGUCUGGAAUGGAGUAAAGUCCACAACCCAACAGGUCAUUCACCGAGCACAAGCCUUUGUUGACAGUUGGACUAGCGUAAGCAAGACAAAGAGGAAUGGAGCGAGUCUUCGGCUGGAGCUAAGUGGUGCAGACCGGCAGCUGGCAGAAUGAAACUCAAUGUCGAUGCAGCGGUGCAACAGAAUAUUUGUGGGCUUGGCUGGUGUGUACGAGAUGAAGAAGGAAUGUUCAUUGCGGUGGCAGCUUGUCCGUGGCCGGGAAGAUUAUCACCGCUAAACGCUGAACUCGUCAGAAUCCGAGAGGCUCUUAACUGGCUUAAAGAGAAUGGUUGGACUGAGAUGGAGGUCGAGACUUAUGCGGCGCGAGCGGUUUCUGAGAUUUUACAUGGAUCGAGUUGCUCUUUGGUUGGCUUACUGGGUGAACACAUAAGAGAUUUGACGAAAUUUUUUUCGAGCAUUUCUUUUAGUCAUAUUAGGCAAUGAGCGAACAAGACAGCCCAUACUCUUGGGAGAGCUUCUUGUUCUGUGCCUGAUUUGCGGUCUUGGUUUUAUACUUUUCCUUUUAUUGUAUCCAUUUUAGACAAUGAUUUGAUUAAUAUCAAUUAAAUUUCCUUCUUGC